AUGAUUGGUGGUGGUGUUGCUGCGGGUGCUGCUGAUGUUGCUGCGGGUGGUCUUUCUGCUGUUGCUGCACCUACGUACGUCGGCGGAGUGCCGCCUAAUUUCUCCAUAGAAUUCUUUGACGAGACUAAAAGUAAAUUCGAACGCUGGUUGCAACGUCUUGAAGGAGCGUUUACAAUCUUCAAUGUCAAAGAUUCGGUGAUGAGACUCAAUUACUUGCUACAUUAUAUUGGGCCAAAUACUUUCGAUUUACUUUGUGAUGGAAUCUCCCCAGCAGUACCUGAAACCAAGACCUACGACGAGUUAGUCAACGUGCUCAAGGAGCAUUACAAUCCGCAGCCUUUAGAAGUAGCGGAGUACUACAAAUUUCACCAUCGGGAGCAGUUGGAGGGAGAGUCCGUCCGUGAGUACGUAGCCUCGUUGCGUAAAAUGGCCAUACAUUGUAAUUUUGGUACUUAUUUGACAAUUGCACUGCGAAACCAACUUGUUUGUGGCAUUCGAGACAAACGAAUAAAGGACCUAUUGUUGGAAACAAAAGACCUAACGUUCGAGAGAGCGAUCCAAAUUGCUACGAGCCUAGAAAUGUCACAACAAAAUUCUACUCAAUUAAACGAGACAGCAAUUCAUAAAAGUUCAGUACAUUCAAUUAACUUUCAUAAAAAAGAUCGGAAUGCUAAGAUCCAGAGCAACCAGACGACGAGGAACAACAACAAUCAACACUCAUCAGAGAAGUUACACGUGUCAAAUUUUAAUAAAGGCCAAAGCCAAAAACAAAUACAUUGCUUCCGUUGCGACGGCCCCCACCUUGCGAACAAUUGCUCUCACAUAAAUACUAUUUGUAACUUCUGCAAGAUUCGCGGUCAUCUGUCAAAAGUGUGUUUUAAAAAACAAAAAAAGAAUAAGAAAAACGGUACAGUUAACCACUUAGAAGAUGAUUGCGAAUUGAUCAGUGAAGAACCAAUAGUUUAUAUUAACACAAUAUGUGAGAGUAAUGAUUGUACAAAAAAAAUGUGGAUUAACGUGUACAUUGAAAAUAAAUUAAUUAAAAUGGAAAUUGAUAGUGGGGCCGGCGUAUCGGUUAUUAGUUAUAAUGAAUUUUGUAAGAACUUUAGUGAUAUUCCGAUUAAAAGUGUUGUUGAGGUUGUUGUUGCUCCGCAGAACUUGAAAAUUGAAAAGAGUUUGCAGUUGUAUGUUGUUGAGUCAAAUAAAAACGCGCUAUUUGGAAGAGAGUGGCUGUAUGCAUUUAAUGGUUUACCAUUGACGGAGAUAUUUCGUGAAGAACGCGAUACAAAAAAUGAAAAUUUUUCAUAUUUACCACCGCAACUUUCAAUAUUAAUUCAAAAAUACAGUGCGAUAUUUGGCGAAGAUGUAGGCGAAAUUAAGGGACAGCCGGUUUCAAUUGAAUUAACGCCAAAUUCGAAACCUGUGUUUGUUAAGCAUAGACCGGUACCGUUCGCGCUUCGGGACUCCAUCGCGGAAGAAAUAAAUAAUUUAGUUGCUCAGGGUAUUCUUAUUCGUGUUGACCACAGUGAUUGGGCAACUCCAAUCGUGCCGAUAGUAAAGGCAAAUGGAAAAAUACGCCUCUGCGGAGAUUUUAAAAUUACUUUAAACAAAUAUAUGAUCGCGACUGAACAUCCUCUCCCCACAAUAGACGAGCUUUUUAAUGCAAUGAAUGGCGGUGACAAAUUUUCGAAGGUUGACCUUCGCCGUGCUUAUUUACAGUGGAAGGUGAGGGAGGAGGAUCAGGAAAAAUUAACUUUGUCUACGUUUUUAGGUCUGUUUAAAUGUACGCGAUUGUGGUAUGGUCUUAGUUGUGCACCUGUAAAAUGGCAGAAAAAAAUCGAAGAAAUACUUGCUGGGAUCGAGGGUGUGGGAGUUUUUAUUGACGACAUUUGUAUCACUGGUCCGGAUAAUGAGACACAUCUCGCAAGAUUAGAAACAGUAUUUUCGCGUUUGUUUUCAUUUGGAUUACGUGUAAAUUCUGAAAAAUCACAUUAUUUUCAAGACUCGAUUGAGUACUGUGGUUUUAAAAUUGAUAAAGACGGAAUUCAUAAGACCGCAAGUAAAACAGAAGCGAUUGUUAAAGCCCCUUGCCCAACAAAUGUAUCUGAGGUACGAUCUUUGCUAGGUUUAGUAAAUUAUUAUGGACGAUUUUUUCAUAAUCUGUCAGAGAUUCUUGAGCCAUUGCAUGCAUUGAUUAGGAAAAAUAAUAAAUUUAAAUGGACAUCAGAAUGUGAAAGUGCUUUUAAAGCAAUAAAAAAAGAAAUUAUUUCAGAUAAUUUUUUGGUGCAUUACGCAAAAGAUAAGCCGUUGUGUUUGUCGACAGAUGCUUCGCCAGUGGGUGUGGGGGCAGUAUUGUCCCACAUAUAUCCAGAUGGCACUGAUAGACCCAUCCAGUUUGCUUCACAAACGUUGUCAAUUUCACAACGUAAAUGGUCUCAAAUAGACAAAGAGGCCUACGCUAUUAUAUACGGUCUUAAGAAAUUUUAUCAAUUCCUUUUCGGUCGUCAUUUUAUUCUAUUUACAGACCAUAAGCCACUGGUACAAAUUUUUGCGGCCGAUAAAAGUUUGCCACAUAUGUCUGCUACACGUAUGCAACACUACGCGAUUUAUUUGCAAGCAUUUAAUUAUACAAUAAAGUACAAACGUUCAGAGCAAAAUGGCAAUGCUGACGCCAUGUCAAGACUGCCGAUUUCAACCAAUGAUUCUUUUAAGCUUGAAGAAUCUGAUUUAUUUGAAAUAAAUCAGAUAGAAACAUUACCAAUUACGGCAAAACAGAUUGCAGAGGAAACGUCUAGAGAUUUGUUACUGAAGAAAAAAGAUAAUGUUCAACCAUUCAAUGAAGAUAUUAGUAGUAGAAGUUUUUCAAAGGGAGAAAGAGUGGCUAUUAGAAAUUACAUUGGCAAGGAAAAAUGGAAUUUUGGAGAAGUUAAUGAAAAAACUGGUUUAUUGCAUUAUAAUAUUAAACUAGAAAAUGGUAAAGAUGCGUUCCGGCACGUCGAUCAAAUCAAAAAUGCAGGCAGCCAGGUCGUUGAUGGUAAUCCCCAGUUCCCGAGUGAAAGUUCGGAGGAGCAACAACAACUUCCGGUACCAGCGUUUGUAACUGAUCGGCCAAAUCCAACAGAAUCUGAUAACACACUUCCUUAUGUGGAACAACAAGCUGAAACAGGAGGAGCCAUUUACGAGGAGCAACCUGACCAAACAUUACCUGCAGUGGCACAGUCUUCAGUUACUGAACAUGUUUUAUCAUUGGACCCUGUUCCGAUACUUACAUGUUCACCGGGACCACCCGGAUUCGAACUACAAAAAAAUAAUUUCCCACCCGAUCAUAUAAGGCCUUUACUAAAGGCAGGGCAGCGAAAAAAAAAUAUAACUCGUAUGGUUAGAAAAACGGCAAUUUUGACGGAUAUACCCGAGAAAGCAGCCAUUUUGGAGGAAAGAAACAAAGUUCUGGCCAAAAAAAGAACCAAGAACGCAGCUAAAAAGGGGCCUAGGAAAAAACAAAAAUAA